AUGGCCAGGAGCUCAAUCAUCGCUCUAGCCACGGCAGCAGCCCUACUGGCAACGACGGCCAACGCGCAGUUUGGAUACGGAGGUGGAUUUGGAUUUGGCAAUGGCGACGGGGAUGGCUGUCCCCCUUGGGCCAGCAACUGUGACAACAACAACUCAAACAAUAGCGGCGACGACGGCAGCGGCUCCUCGUCGGCUGGGAGUGACCUCUCCCAGAGCUCCCUCUUCACCUCCGCAGCUGAAUUCAGCCGGGCAACCCACAUCUUGAUCGCCCACGCCGUGCUGGCCUCUGCAGUCUGGGUCCUCUUCAUCCCGUCACUUGCCAUCUUGCUGCGUCUGAACCUCAAGAAUCCCAUUGUGCUCAGAAUCCACGCCGUCGGCCAAAUCCUGAGCUACAUCAUUUUCGUCGUCGCCGCGGGCAUGGGUAUCUGGCUUGCACAGCAGUCUCGCGACUUUGGCGUUUGGAACGACCCUCAUCCGAAGCUGGGUCUUGCGAUCCUGGCCCUCGCUUUCUUUCAACCAAUUUUCGGUUCGAUCCAACAUUCAAUCUACAAGAGACGCGCUCAGAACCUCCAAGCGGGGAAACCGACCAAAUUGCCAGGCCGAACGACGCCCGGACGUGUUCACGUCUGGCUCGGCCGGCUCCUCAUCAUGCUCGGCAUGAUCAACGGCGGGCUAGGCAUCAGGUUGGCGUCCUCCAGCCCGUUCCAGACCGAUGCCACGUCCACCAAGGCAAAGAUUGCUUACGGCGUCGUGGCGGCAACCAUGUUUUUGCUCUACUUGGUCUUUGUGGUCAGCUUUGAGCUCAGGAAAUCACGGACGAGCGCUGAGCAGGUCACGCGGAGCAGGGAACAGGUGGCGGCUAACAAGGAUGGAUUGCCCUCGUAUGACGAGAGCGAGGAAUCCGUGGGGAGGGGUUCCAGCAGACAAAGCUGA